AUGGAGAACUGUAAACUCUCUAUCGUUCAGUCAUCAGUUAACGACUCAAACAACGAAAUUUGCGGGUUCGAAAUUUGCUCAUCCUCCCGUUGGCUUCGUAACAAACUACAGUGUUACUUUCCAGUGUCUAGUAUCUGGUCUGAUAUGUCAAAUCCUGCUGACCGUUCAAAUUAUCUUCAAGACAGCAGUAGUGAUACUGAGACUGAUUGCAAGGAAACUGAUGGACGUGGACGAUUACGCGUUUGUAAAAAUAAUUUGAGUUUAACUCCUCCGACACUCAAGUCUUGUUUGGUAACUCAGAAGCAACAGAAGAUGGAGAUUAACAAUAAAUCUGGAUGUAGUGUUAUUCGUAGAUGUCGGUCAUGUGAUUUUGGUGAAGGAGAUAAAAAUUAUUAUCAGAGUCUAAGACGACAUUUAUCGGAAGUGGAAGUCGCUCGGUUAGUGACUCUUAUUGAUGAAGGUUACACUCAACAUGCAGUUGCCAUCCGGAUGGGUGUAAGUAAAUCUGUCGUAUCUCGAGCUUAUACCAGAUACCAAGAGACGAAUCAAUAUCAUCGUCGCCCCGGACAAGGUCGCCAUCGAGUCACUAAUGCCCGCGAUGAUCGGGCAAUCGUUAGAGAAUUUCGACGACAACCUUUCGUCAAUGCGAAUAUUGUUGCUCGAAACUUCCCCAAUCGCAGACAACAGCAACAACAACAGCAACAGCGACGACGGCAUCAAGUGCGAAACAUUUGCUCUCGAACAGUCAUCAACCGUCUUCGUGAAACUGGAAUGCGCCCGACAAUAGGAAUAGGAAAGAGUCAACCUCAAAAUCACGGAAACCAGACAAGUGUGGGAGGAUUGUCGGGAAAUCAGCAAAGCGAUGAUCGCAUAACGCUGAUUGUCGACAACACGAGAUUCAUCUUGGACCCCUCGCUGUUCACCGCUCACCCAAACACGAUGUUAGGUCGGAUGUUCAGCUCGGGGAUAGAUUUCGCUCAGCCGAACGAGCGAGGGGAGUAUGAAGUCGCGGAGGGAAUUUCUGCGAUGGUUUUCCGCGCGAUCCUCGAGUACUAUAAGGGAGGAAUUAUUCGCUGUCCGCCGACGGUCACUGUCCAGGAGCUGAGAGAGGCUUGUGAUUAUCUGCUGGUACCUUUUGAUGCCAAUACUGUCAAGUGUCAGAAUUUACGAGGAUUAUUACAUGAACUGUCUAAUGAAGGAGCUCGCUGUCAGUUUGAAGUAUUUCUAGAGGAUUUAAUUUUACCGCUCAUGGUCAAUAGUGCUAGACGGGGAGAUCGAGAAUGUCAUAUUGUUGUUUUGCUUGAAGAUGAUUUGGUUGAUUGGGAUGAAGAAUAUCCGCCACAAAUGGGUGAAGAAUAUUCGCAAACUGUAAAUAGUACAGCGAUGUACCGAUUUUUCAAGUACAUAGAAAACCGUGACGUAGCGAAGCAAGUAAUGAAAGAGCGUGGAUUAAAAAAGAUCCGUCUUGGUAUCGAGGGCUACCCGACUUACAAAGAAAAAAUAAAAAAGCGAGCGGGUGGACGUGCCGAGGUCAUUUAUAAUUACGUCCAGCGACCUUUUAUCCACAUGUCUUGGGAAAAAGAGGAGGCCAAGAGUCGUCACGUCGACUUCCAGUGUGUUAAGUCCAAGUCGGUGACCAACCUGGCCGAGGCGACUGCCGACCCAGCGCUGCUUGACGCCGCUGGCAACACACAAGCUGUCGAGGAUCUUCCUCAGCCUGAAGUGAUCGCUGUCGGGUCGGAUCCUGACGCCGAAGGAGCCAUGGCUUUGAUGCCCGACAUCGAUCCCCGCCGUCUUCUUUCCGAGGAUCUCAUGUGA